AUGAAGCUAUUAGUGAUAUUUGGUGCACUUCCUGAUCCCUGUCUCCAGGCGCCAGGGAGCGGCCUUUUAUCCCAGCAGAACAAAAGUCUGGCUGAAGGGAAAGUCGUGUCCAAAUGUGAUCUGAAGAAGGAGUUUAACAAGCUGCCGGAGAUAGAAUGGCCCGAAGGACACACAAUGACUGAUAACUUCCUGGCUAAGCUUAUCUGCCACGUGGAGAAGGCGUCAGAAUUUAACACCAGUUCCGUGAACCAGCUGAUUCCCAGGAAGAAGGAGGAAGAGGAGGCGGAGCAGUGGACCCUCUACGGUCUCUUCCAGCUCAGCGAUCACCUGAUCUGCAGCGAUGGAGCCACGCCGUCACCUGACCGCAUCUGUAACGUCACCUGCAGCGCCUUGGUGGAUGACCACAUUGAAGAUGACAUCAGCUGCGUGUUGAACAUCGCCAAAAAAGUCAUUGAUGGUGGUUUCGCGGUGGAGCGCAGACGUGAGUUUUGGAGAAUGGUGAGGCUCAUCUUCCAGCCCGACUGCAACAAUGAGACCGCAGGAAACUACUUUGCCGAAUGCAAAGACUAAUAACUAUCGUGGCGUAAUGAACCUUUUCCUCCAGAGUUGAAUUAUAGCAGUAAUAAAGAGAAGCAUG